CUCGCUCUUGCACUUUUCCCACUAAAUGUUGGGUACAAAAUAGAACACUGCAAACCGAACAUAGUUUUGUUUUUGAGAGGGCUUGUUUGAGUAGCCGUUGCUGGAGCAUGACGAUGGCUAUGGAAGCUGAAACCCAAGAGUUGGUCACGCCAGGACAAGUAUUAGGUAAAGCAUCACAGUUGAAAGCCGGAAAGGGGGCUUACGUUUCAACUGAGAAUGGCACCGUUUACGCCUCUCUCACCGGGUUCCGUUCUCUUAUACCUCCGCCUUCCGAUUCUGUUGACCAGAGAUCAACAGUCGAAGUUACUGGUCAUAAAGCCCAUGGAGCAGUUCCUCAGCCUGGUUCCAUUGUUUUUGCUAGAGUUACUAAGGUAAUGGCUAGAACGGCUUCGGCAGACAUAGUGUGUGUUGAUUCCAAAUCUGUGCGUGAGAAAUUCACUGGCAUUAUUAGGCAACAAGAUGUCAGAGCAACUGAGAUUGACAAAGUUGACAUGCAUUUGUCCUUCCGACCGGGUGAUAUUAUUCGUGCAUUGGUGCUAUCACUUGGAGAUGCACGAGCAUAUUAUCUGUCAACUGCGAAGAAUGAGCUGGGUGUUGUAUCUGCUGAAAGUGCGGCUGGUGGUACCAUGGUUCCAAUUAGUUGGACAGAAAUGCAGUGCCCUCUAACUGGUCAAGUAGAACCGCGAAAGGUGGCCAAAGUUGAAGCUUGAGUAGAUCAAAUCAGAUUGUGUUGCUCUUAACUGCAACCACCGGAGGGGGUUGAUGCAGGAGGCAGCUGACAGACCUAUUAUGCUCUUGUAUUAUAAUUAGUGUUUGAUAGAUUUGCUCCUUUAUUUAGUUGUGCGUUAUACACUUUGUUAGAAUGUAGAGGACUUUCUACUUUCUGCCCACCAGGGGCAAGUUUGGGGAUAUGAUAGUGUAGGUCAAGCUCAGUAAAGUAAUGUUUAUUUUGUAUUGAGCACUUUAAUUAGACCAUUUUUGAAUCUGUUACAUAUUUUUUGA